AUGAAAUUCAACGUCACCAAACUUUUUAGAAGACCAACUAAUGACUUUAAAGUCUCUAAUUACUCUAAUGACAUUCCAACUCCUCAGGAAGCAUCCUUGAUUCAAGAAGCUCCUUUAAUUAAAUUGAUUCAAGAACCACCUUUGACUCAAGAUGCACCUUUGACUCAAGAUGCAUCCUUGAUUCAAGAUGCACCCUUGAUUCAAGAUACAUCCUUAAUUCAAGAUGCAUCCUCGAUUCAAGAUGCAUCCUUGAUCAUUACUCAACCUUUUUUAAAUUUAAGAUUUAAUUAUAUCACUGCUUAUCUUGCUCGCUUACCACAAGAUUCUCUCGACUUACUUACUAAAAAUGGAGUAACAAUACCACGACUUUCUUCCAAAACAUUUGAUUAUGCCAUAUUUUUAAGAUCUAUCAAUCUUGAAUCAUUGGAAUAUGACAUUACUUCUUGGGUCUUCGCUUAUACUGAUGAACAGAAAACAAUUCCUCUUAUUGGUCAUGAACUAUUUAAAGAGUUUUUUGCAAAAUCUUGUUGCCUUUUUGAACUCGUCUUAAAAUCCGGAAACCUUCUUUCUUAUCCUUUUUUAAAAGUAAUUAGUCAAAUGCCUGAAGCCCAUGCAUGUCUUUCCACUCUGAAAUCUUUUACUUGCAGUCAAGAACUAGAUAUGUUCGUUGAUCUCACAAUAGCAUUGAAUCCUCCAAAUAUUUCUACCCAUAAGAGUAAUGAAAUCAACAAAAUUUUUAUUUAUUAUAAUAACAAUGCGGUACCAACUUUGGCUUUACCGAUGGCGGGUCUAAUUAAGAUGCAAAAAAAUUUAUCUGAUGUUACCAUUUCGAAUACAAUUAAUACUAUUAAUACAAUUAAUCCAAUUUCUCCUAGUAAUGAUGUCCAUGAACUUAAUUGGAAACAUACUAUUCCAAAUGCGAUUACAAAGAAAGCGAAUAAUCUUACUAGAUUAUGUAUAAUUAAAUCUUACUUUCUUUUAGAAAAUUUAUCCCCUUUUGUCAACCUUGAACACUUAAUACUUGAAGAUUUUGGAGAUUAUUCUCAAAAAUUCUCUGCAAUGUCUUCUCUCUCAUUUCCUUAUCUACAAACUUUUUAUUUUUCAAGCUCAAAAGCUCUUGUAAAUUUAAAUGCCUUUUCUAAAUUUAUCGAAAAUUGCGGUGCAAAUCUACUUGAAUUUGUUUUCAAAAGUGUCUAUUUAGAAGAUCCUUAUAACUCUUCAUUACUCUUGAAAUCUCUCACCAAAGGAUGUCCAAAUCUUAAGACAUUUGAAGGCCCCGUUUCUCAAUCAUGUAUUAAUGAAUUAACCCUAUUUUUGAAUUAUUGUCCUUUUAUUAGUUCUUUGACUUUUUUCCCUGCAAUGAGAAAUAAUUAUAAGUAUGCUUAUUAUAAUCACAGUAAUUAUGUUUAUGAAGAUGGUUAUUUAUGUGAACGUGACUUUGACGGAUUAUUGUUAAGCAUAUCGGCGGCGAUGCCAAUGAAUUUGGUAAAUUUAUGUUUAGAAAGUGGUUGGGUUGUUUCUGCACCUGCGUUGUACGAAUUUUUAGAAUUUAGAUUAACCGUGAUGGAAGGUAAAGCAAUUAAAUUGCAUUGGGACAAUGUUAAAAUUAUUGGUGGUGACUUUGAAGAAAUUUACGGAAAUUAUUGUGAAAAAUGUGGGGAAAGUUAUUUAAAUGAUUUAAAUUAUUUGG